AUGGAGCUUCCUCAACACGUUGCUAUAGUUGGUGGGGGUCUUUCUGGUUUAAGUCUUUCACUUGCACUACAGAAAGUUAACAUACCAUGCACCGUGUAUGAAGAGCGCGCUGAAUCUUAUGAGACCGGCGGUGGAAUAACUCUCUCGCCCAACAUUCUCGAUGAACUGGGUGUAUACGACCGUGUCCGCGACAAGGGUUAUCACUUUGACACUCUAGCCUUUAGUGACAACGAUGGAGCGAUCAAAGACGUCUAUUAUUUUGGCUCUGAGAAGUUGUACGGCUACAGAGGCUUCCGUAUUAUGUCCAUCAAGGACUCAGAGAAAGAAGUCGCCAUUGAAUUUGCUGAUGGAUCGGUCGAAUCUUCCGAUAUCGUGGUGGGAGCUGACGGCAUUCAUUCAGCUAUCCGGAAACAUAUCGUUCCGGACGUGAAACCUGGUUACUCUGGUUUGAUGGCUAUUAACAGUGCCUGCUCUCGGUCUGGACUUCUCAUUCCCGAGAACUUUCACCUCCCUGCAACUGUUAUGUCCAAGGUUGAUGCAUUUUUGAUGCGUUUCCCCGAGAAGGAUAAGGAAGGCUGGGAUGCUCUGGCAGCGGACAAGCAAGGACUACUGGACAUGCUACGAGAUAAUUAG